UUAAGACUACCUGUCCCAGAAGGUGGAACACUCCGGAGACUGAUUGUUGGUGAUCGCGAAUUUAAUUUAAUUACCGACUUGUGUAACGCUAAGAAUAACUUAAAGGAGUUGUAUUCUAAAAAAAAAAUGGAUCGUAUUCAAAAAAAGAAGAAGAAGAUAGGUGGUGAAAAGAAAGUGCUGUUAUCCAUUGUCGAUCCUUGGCAUGUGACGGUGGCCAGUGUCAAUCCGGUCGGACUCGCCGCAAGACGAGGCCACUCCUUGUCCACUCUGCCUUCAAAUCGAGACGAAGGGACCAGCCAAGAGUGGCCGACCUUCAACAGGCCCGUCAGGAUACCAUCACCCUGGUACAAGCCCGGCAGCGGCUCUACAGGUCACGUCAGCUCCGACAAGUCUGAAGAAGCGGCGUUGAUCGACUCGACCUGGCUGAGUCCUGGAUAUUCGCCGCAAAAAUCACCAAUCAACGCUACUUACGACACCUCGUCGCCGAAUCCGUCCAAAGAAAGAUUGCGAGAUAGCAAGCAGAAAACAGACGAGGCAAGGCGCGACGUCGAAGCGGGCGAGGUCGACAAUGGAUUAAUCAACGGCUCGCAGGAAAUUAGUCGCGACGGUUUCAACGAUGCGGACAGUGCAGUACGAGUGCGUUUUGAGAUCGGCAAGGCGCAGUCGAAGCGGGAUGGAGUGCGAUGUGAAAACGGGCAAAGUAUCAACGGUGUGCCGCGAGUGUCGACGAAGAGUCAGAGCGUGAACGAUAAUUCCAAGUCCGAGCGGCGGGUGAUCGCGAAACAGAAUCGCGCGAACGGAGAGAUUGUGGAAAGGCAGAAAAGUUCGCGAGAAACGGAUGAUGUGAAAAGCGACGAGGACACGACGAAUGCGAAUAGUGAAUGGAACAAUGCUGAUGCUCGGAUAGUUGGAGAGAAGCCAGCGGUUGUCGACAUUGUUAAAAACUUGGUGGAGUCCAGGUACAAUCCGCAAACCGCGACAGAAAGGAAAAUAAAUAGGAUGCCAUCAUGUCGACAAGAAAUAUCGAAGAAAAUAAAGCCAGUGGACAUGUCAGGCAAAUUGAGCGGUAAUACAAACGUCGCUGUUAACAAAGUCAAGCAAGAGAAUAAUCAAGAAACCGUCAACAAGACAAAGCCGGUGAAAGCAUUACCGGAAGUGGCACCACUACGUGUCACAAAUAUAAGAAAGACCAGCAUUUCUAUGCCCAGCAAACUCGACGAGAUGGACGAUCUUCGAAUAGACAGACAAAACGGAACCGCUGCAAAAUUCGGAAGAGCGGAGAGCGAGACCAGCAGCAGUGUGACUUUUAGCAACAGUGGUUCAACGCCGAAUGGAAGUCCUCUGGGAUCCGAAACGGAAGAGGAAGUAAAUGACGAUGAGCUGGUCAAAGUGCCGCUGCAAGCUCCACCGCGAAGAAAAGGCAAAAUCAUGUCAUCGUCGAUUAACGAAAAAAUGGGAAACGAUGCUACGGAACUUUCAGGUGUGCAAAGUGCGAAUUCCACGAUAACCAGCGUGAACAGCAUUAGUAGUCUCUUGAAGGAGAAACUUCAACUGUCGCUACCACAGGCUCUGCGAAGCAGUGCGCGACGUCAGAAUGCUGAUUAUAGGCUUAGAGCAUUCGUCGGUUUCCUCUUCCUCUGUGUUGUAUUCCUCGUGGGAUUCGCACACAUUUAUUACACACAGCACGUCUUGCAGCGAGCUUAUUUCGAUAAAUUUAGGUUUAAUAAAAACGACAGAGCGAUGAAAAUUUAUAGCAAAACCGGUGCGGAAGUGAUCGCCGCUCGGGUCGGCGAAGGUAUCCCGUCGGACACAGGAGUGUAUCCUUGCCUACCGCAUCAUCAAAGGCAGGAUUCGGUCUGCCUCGAGUGGCUGCACCAAACACGGCUCUAUCUCGCGCACACGAAGCACGGCGACAUGCAUUGUUACCACAUCACCUGGCAGAGCCUGAGCCCCUACUACAAUCCCAAGGACUGCUUCGACUGGUCCUCGAAGAGGGGUCACUGGUACGGCGCCGGCCAGAUCCAGAAUAUGGCGUAUCCUCUCGAACGCGGCCGCCUGGAGCUGAGCCCCUUUAUUACGGGCGACGUGCGAAGACAUCCCUUUGGCAAUGUGCUAAAGAGGUACUUCCUCAAUUCAAAGGGCGCUACGAUCCUGGUGGACCCGGAAACGCCGCUGUACGUCUCCAUCAACGCCAAUAGAUCCAACGAGUUCUGCCUUCAGGCCAAGCACGACGCCUUCGCCUACAUCAAUCACCUCACACCGCUACCUCAGCUCAAUUACACCAUCUGCGCCACCGACAACAUGAAGAGCCUGCACUCCUCGAUGGCGGAGAAAUCCCUGUGGGACGGCUUGAAGCCCGACGAGCUGCACGCCGUUCACUCCCUGCUGUCCGAACCGGUCUGGCAAAUUUCGCCCACUAACGAGGCGGCCAUUUACAACUACACGGAAGACGUGAUCGCGCUGGGAUUCCUUCGCCAGGGACACGUUUUGCUGAGCGAGGAAUGGCAGCCUAAUUCGGGAGAUUUUGUCCUGGACGAGGAACGAUUUCCCUCCAUGGAGGAGACUAUUAAUAUUAUUCACCGCAGAGGAUUUAGAAUAGUUUUCAGCAUCCAGCCGUUCAUUUCCACGGAAUCCAUCAACUUCAAAGACGCUGUCGCUAAUAGAUUGCUGAUUUCUGAAAGAGGGAGCGAUCCUAGAAUUCCGGCGCUGGCAAGAUACAAGCUGAGUAACAGCGCCGGCGUGCUCGACAUCACGAACAACAAGACCUUGCCGUGGCUGCAGACGAAGCUCGAGAGCUUGAUCACGAAAUACCACGUGGACUCGUUCUACCUCGACCUGGGCACCGCUCAGGACAUGCCGCACUACUACAAGUGCGAGCAGCCUCUGACCAAUCCCGACCAUUACAAGACCAUUUUCACGCAUUCGAUACUAGGCACCAUACCGGUGAUCGGCGUUUCCAGCGCCAUUUCCAGGCCACGAGCACCCGUCUUCGUGUCUCUGCCACCUUUCGCCUCCUCCUGGAAGGCCAUCAAGACCGUCAUUCCCACGGUUUUGAGCUACGGUAUGAUCGGCUAUCCGUUCAUCAUGCCGGGAGCGGUCGGCGGCGACGUGGCGCUACCGAUGUCCGACAACAAUCCCGAUAACGAUUUCGAGGUGAAUCUGCCGGACAAGGAGCUCUACAUCCGAUGGCUGCAGCUGUCAACCUUCCUGCCGGUGAUUCGCUUCACCCACUUACCCAGCAAAUAUUCCGACGAGUCGGUCCUGGAGAUCGCCAAGAGGCUGACCACUCUGCGGCAGAAGACGGUGACGCCGUUGCUGAAAAAGUACGCGAACGAGACUCUGGACACCGGUCUGCCCAUCAUUCGACCGCUGUGGAUGCUGGAUCCGGCCGAUCCGGCCUGCCACGUGGUGGUCGACGAGUUUUCCGUGGGCGAGGAAUUAAUUGUGGCGCCGGUGCUCUAUUCGGGCAGCAGGCAAAGGGAGGUUUAUCUGCCGGCCGGAGUCUGGCGGGACGGCAUCGACGGAAGUCUGCGGAAAGGUUCGAGGUGGAUUCACAAUUACAGAGUCGCGGAGGACAAAAUAGCGUACUUCGUCAAAAUGCCGGAUAACACGAGAUUCUGAAAGAUUCCUGCAUUUCGCGGACGACGUCGAAGAAAUUCAAGAUCACCGGAUUAAAGUACGAUUACUCCACUUUGUGCGACGCUGCAGUUUGCUCGUAUGCCAAAUAUAGUAUUUUAUAUUUGAUAAAUUCUCUGAAAAUGCAGAAAAAGGAUUGUGCAGUGACAAGUAAUCUAAUCUUGGUGUUGUAAAGUCAUAAAAUUUAGCAAACAUGCAAAUACGUUAUUCAAUAGUUAAGUGAAUGUACCAAAAAAAUUUUGAAUGUUGUAAUUAAAUAUUCGACAUCGCGAACUUUGAGAGUGCAAAUGGAUAGUUAUGCAGUGAUAAAUACUUAAUGAUGUGUAAAGUCAUAAGUAAAGCAUUUACACGUGCAUAAAUGAGGCGCGUUAUACAAUAUUCGAGAGAUAUAUUAAGAAAUUUUGAUUAUAGUAAAAGCAUACGAUGUUACUAUUCUAUGAAUACGAGAUAUUAUCGACAAUUUAUAGUGUAUAUCAUGUUGAUACACGUCGAAAGAACAUAAAACAAGUGUAGAUUUAACUUAUCCCGGCAAUUAUAUUUAUUUUACACAAAAAUGCCACACCCAACAGUGUGGCAUUUUUUUAUCUUUAUUAUCUGUAUCAUUCAGUUGGUGAUUUACUGAUGAGACUGAGAGAGAGAUUUUAAUGAUACAAAUAAAAAUAUAAUGAAUAUAGUCGUA